AUGACUGGUCUAUUUCGGCCGCAGGCAAAAUUCAUGAUGAUGGAGGAGGAGGGUCGAUUGGAACACGAGCUCUAUAUGUGGGAACGUCGACGACAUAUGGACUUGGAACAGAUGGGAGACACCCUCAUCAAGGCGAGGAACACACUCGAGGCGGCGCGCCUACACACAGAGACCAUGAGGGAAGAGGCGCUCCUGGGCGUGCCGGAAGCGCGGCAGGUGCUGGUGAAGGAGGCGAUGGGCAAGGAUAAGGGCAAGAAGGGCAAGGGCGGCAAGGGCCGCAACUUGGGCGCUACUUUAUCGGAUGCCUGAGUCUACAAACAACAGCGACAACGGCGACAGUUGGACAAUGACACUGACAAAGACUUCAUGGGGGAGGCAGCGAAGGCGAUGGUAAUGGUGGCAAUGUUCCCUGCUGUAAACGGGUUCUGGCACCAGUCUGUGAAGCUAACAAUUUCACAUUUCCACUCACGUGGGAGUACUUGGCGCCUCGUAUGUAGCACUAAGUAGAAAAUAAAUAACAUUAGUCGUUUAUUGU